GCUAGUAAGAGAUCGCGUUCAGUUUUCGUUAAGCCGUCCGACUGAGACGUACCUUACGGAUCACGCCUUCUGCUGAUCAGCAUUCAAUGGUCAAUUUCUAGAAGAAGAAGAGUGUUUAUCUAACGGCCUAAGGUUGGACGCAGAAAACUCAACUAAUUUAUUGCGGAAACAUUACAACGUUUAACGGUUUUCUUCGCAUGGAUAUGGGCGAAGGUGGUCAACAAUCUGCCACCCGACCACAUAAGUGUAUUUGGAUUAUUUUGCGAAGCAGCUUGAACCGGUGAUUAUCUUGACAGAACUUGGCGCUUGACAUUGUGUGCUUGCGACUGUGAUGAUCGCUUGAGUGCGGGGGAAAAAGUGUUUCGUGAUAAUCUCGAUCAAGUACCGAGAAAUUACUACGCUGAAAAAAAUCCUAUACAAGCAGACAGUAGUAGACAUCGAUCAACGGCGGACACAAAGCAGAACCAGUCAGUGAGUGUGCUGUGAAAGGAGAAGUAAUUUCGCGAGUUUGUUGUUAGUUUACUGCGGUGGCCGGUUUUUUUUGCGAUAUUUAGUAUUUUCUUUCGGUCAGCGUUGCUCGCUACAGCUCUAGUGCGAGCUCUUAUUGGCAUAUCGUGUCAGCUGACGCGUUGAAAACAAAAAAGAAAUCUAUAAUUAGUUCAACGACAACCAGGAGCGCACCCCCGACCAAAGUACGCCAGUUCAUCAUCAAAAAUGGUAGCCAUGGCGAACCCGGCCGACAACCCGGAACCUCCUACGAUAACCACAACCACCGCCCAGGAGGAGAAACUGUCCACCAAACCGCUCAAAUCCAGCACCGAGAGCCUCAACUCGGACUCCAAUGGAAACCCGAAUCAGCUGACGCGGAAGGCCGCCAUCAUGCAGGUCACGAUGGCCGUCGUCGCCAACAUCACCAUCAUCUCGUCCGGCAUGGGACUGGGAUUCCCGUCGAUUGCCAUGAUUGAGCUCACCAAUUCGACCAGCUCGGUAAUGCUGACCGAAAAUCAGGCUUCCUGGUUCGCAUCAGUGACAUCGAUUCUCUGCCCGUUCGGUGGAUUAUUGGCUGGAUUUCUGCUGGACAAAAUCGGCCGCAAAAAGACGCUGUACUUCAUCAACAUCAUAUCCAUCGUCUCGUGGGCCAUCAUGGCCUUUGCCAGUAAGACGGACGAGAUGCUUCUGUUUGUCGAGCUGAUGGUCGCCCGAGUUAUUAUAGGACUUGCGAUUGGGCUUUCGAGUUCGCCUGCUUCUGUAUAUGCGGCGGAGAUAUCGCAUCCUAAUCUCCGAGGUCGACUCACUCUGCUGACAGCACUCUGCACCGGUAUUGGAAUGCUGUCGGUUUAUUCGUUAGGAUAUUUGUUCAAGGACAACUGGCGAUUCGUCUGUAUCCUGUGCGGAAUCUUCACAUCCAUUUCGCUCGUAUCGGUGUAUCCCAUCCCAGAAUCACCCAGCUGGCUUGUUUCCAAAAACAAACUCCCGAAAGCGGAAAAAUGUUUGAAAAAGGUUCGCGCCAUCAAGGAGAACAACCACCCCAAGAUUCACGAAGAGCUGGACAACCUGGCCGACAACAUCGCCCGUUUCCGCGCCAACCAGACGAGCAGCUCCAAACUUAUCAUGCUUCGCAAACCGGAAGUCUACAAGCCACUCUCCAUCAUGUGCACGUUCUUUUUCUUCCAACAAUUCACCGGUAUCUUCGUGAUCAUCGUGUACGCCGCCCGGUUUUCCAUCGAAGCCGGAGUUAGCAUCGAUCCCUUCCUGAGUGCCGUCCUGGUUGGUUUGACCCGUGUCGUGACAACCCUCCUGAUGAGCUACAUUUCGGAUCACUUUGGACGACGUCCGCCGGCCCUUUUCUCUGGUUUCGGUAUGGCCACCUGCAUGUUCGGAUUGGCAGCCUGUACUGUGUAUCCGGUUAAGGGAACUGAACUGGAAUGGAUUCCUACGUUCCUUUUGGUGGCAUUCAUCUUCUGCGCCACUCUUGGCUUCCUAACGCUGCCAUUCGCGAUGAUUGCCGAGAUGUUCCCGACGAAGGCACGAGGCUUCCUCGCGGGACUGACUAUCUUCGUCGGUUACACCAUGUCAUUCAUCAUAAUCAAAGUUUAUCCUGCCAUGGUUCACAGCAUGGGCAGUGAAUAUGUUUUCCUAUUUUUCGGAAUCGUAUCCGUCAUCGGUAUUGGAUUCGUGUACAUUUUCCUACCGGAAACGAAAGGUCGAACUUUGGAGGAGAUCGAAAACUACUUCCGAGGGGACGUGGACGCAGGUGAGGUCGAACUUCAACAGAAAAACGGUUCCAAAGUUUGAGAGUAUAUUGAAAGGCAUCUUCCAAACCGGCAUCCUAUCAAUGCCGAUAUAGUAAGAACUGUGAUAUGAAGUAACACUUACAAUGUAAGCGAAUACAUACAAUUAGAGAACCCGAAUGUCAGUAAUCUUAGGUACAAAAUUCACCGACCGUUAGGAAAUUUUGUGUGAAACAAAUUGACAUAUGUGUUAGCAAAGGUUAGAGAUCGCAAACUAGUUGACGUUUUAGUGAUUUGAUGUGGAAUCGCAUUGUAGGUAUUAACGAACUUCUUGCACACCCAGCCAUGUAUUUACCACAGCCUUACAGGUCCAACUACGUUUAGGUAGAACGAAACUAUGCUUGCUUAAAAGUAAUAGGAAAAUACUUCACUGCCGUUUUGUAACCGAAGCGGGAGAAACUUCUUAUCAUCAUAUCAUGAUGAUUGAUUGUGUUACAUACAUUUGUAGAAGUGCUGUUGAGUAAUGGAGUAAAUAUAUUGACCGUACUAUUUCAAACAGUGCGCAUUAUGUGCACGACGCAUGCAGGUAACUUAAUGAUUAGUGUACGGAAUAAAAGACAAAUUCAACAAUU